AUGUCAAGUGUGAUAGAUGAAGCCAGGGAUGCUGUAACAUCGAGACCUGGAACUACUGCUUUUGUAAACGAUUCUUCGGAUAAAUCUGGCAACUCUAAGUGUGAAAAAACUCCGUUUUCUUUUAAAAUUUCUCGGGUUCGUCUUCCAAGUAUUCAAAAGCUUCCUGUCGCAGCGAAAGCACCAUCAUUCGUCCAACAGUUUGAUCACGCUUCUAAAGCUGGUCGUAAAAAAUUUGUAGAGGCAGUGACUCGAGAGUUACUGAUGAAUCGUUCAAAUCGUCUCAAACGGUACAGUUAUAGCUCGUCGUCAGACGAAGAAAUAUCUGAAACAAUGGAACGCGUAGUUAUAUAG